CCAUGGUAGGAGGUAAGAGGUUCGGUCCCCACCUGCUGAAUGUGAGGAAUAUAACUGUUGGACUCAUAAUUAUUGAGUGGUGAAUUAUUCCAAACAACUGUGUAUUUCUUGAUCCUUAGUAAGUUUCUAGAACAUUGCUCUACUCAAGAAGUUCAGGGCACUAUACUAAACCAUUCAACAUGAAGAUAAUGUCACUCAUCAGUUCCCUCCAGUAUAGUUCUCAAAGAUCAAAAAUGGAAUGCCAUUACUUAAAUUGCAACAUUUCUAAACUCGUAUUCCAUUUUGAACACAAAGAAGUUGUGUUGUACUUUUUGUAGUGAAUAUUUUAAGAAGGCCUGGUGAAGAGCAUUCCAGCGGGGGGUGUAAGAUAGACAAAACAUAUUGUCUUAUGUGUAGUGAGAUGUUUCCAGACAUGGAGAAUUAUUCCAAAACGGUUGGUAACCCUCUCUCAGCCAAGAGAUUGGGAAAGUUGUACUUUCAGAUUCUUUGCUUCAUAACUUCUUUGAAGAGAAAUGGUUUAAGAAAAUAAUUUAAGAGUAUUUGAAAUCUGGAAAUAUGGCCAGUUAUAUUGGUACACCUUUUUUGGUUAAGGUUCAUGCAUUUGUUUUUACACCUUACUCAAUGAGAUAGGUUGAUAGGCUUUUGAAUUGUAGUUGCUGACAGUUUUAGAGUGAUUUAAUUCUAAGAUAUAGAUUUAUGUCAUCAGUGAAUAUAAGGAUCUCUGUAAGAAUAUGUGUCACAAAUUUUUGGUAAACAAAACAGUAUUUUUAUUCUCUUUACCAUAUUUGAAAAAGUUCUGAAUUAUGCAGCCUAGUAUUAUGUUUGAAUGAAAUGGCAUUUGUUCAAGUUGUUACAAAUAACUAAUUUUUCUUUAAGAUGCUGAGUUAAAAUGCCCCAGGACACCGGCAAGCCUCCAUUCAACAUUAAGCGUGCUAGUGGGCCUAAGUAUGGAGGAACUAUGCCUGAUGUCGAUACUAAUCUUCCCAGCUGGCGAUCUGACUUAGACACAGAGUCCAACUUGCCACCUAUUCUUAGGGGAAGGUUACAUGAUCUCUUCUCUCAGAUAGAAAAAGAAUUUGAAACACUUUAUGCUGAAAAUAUAAGUUUACAAGAAAAGGUUGAUGUCCUAAAUGAGAAGCUGGAAAGAGAAAGUCUCAUUAACGAAAAGCAAGGUUAUGAUUUCACGGAUUUUGAAAAUCCUUCAAAAAUAUCAAAACAUAAAUCUGGCACGAGUUCAUCACAGAAGUUGAAGACAGCACACAAGCUGAAGGCACAAACCAGUAAGAUUGUGAGCAGUUUCAAGGGGCCAACAGUCAGCUGUAACCUGGUACGGGAGUUCUCAGGGCAUCGCGAUGGUGUGUGGGAGGUGGCAGUAGCUCGGCCUGGUCAACCUGUUAUUGGCACUGCAUCUGCUGAUCAUAGUGCCUGUAUCUGGGGGGUGGACUCUGGUCGCUGUUUACUGCAGUACCUGGGACACCAAGGCUCUGUCAACUCCUUGCGGUUCCAUCCUACCAAGGACCUGGUUCUGACCUCUAGUGGUGACCACAAGGCUCAUGUUUGGCAAGCUGCUGUUAACUGGGAGACUUCGAAGGGCAAUUCAUCGGAUGAGGAACUGGAAGGUUUAGAGGGGGAAGGGGAGGAGGAGCGCCCUCCACCCUUGCGCACUCCACUGGUAGAGUUGGUGGGUCACACUAAUGUAGUGAUCUCGGCGGACUGGCUGGCUGGAGGUGAACAGGCUGUUACUGCUGCCUGGGACCGCACAGCCAGCCUCUAUGAUGUUGAGACUGGCGACAUGGUGCAAACUCUUAGUGGACAUGACCAGGAGUUGACACAUACGUCUGCCCAUCACUCCCAGAGGUUGGUGGUGACAUCUUCACGUGACACAACAUUCCGAUUGUGGGACUUCCGUGAGCCUAUACACUCAGUCUCAGUGUUCCAGGGUCAUACAGACACUGUCACCUGUGCUGUAUUCACUAAGAGAGAGGACAAGGUAGUGUCUGGUUCCGAUGAUCGGAGUGUCAAGGUGUGGGAUCUGCGCAACAUGAGAUCUCCACUGGCCACAAUCCGGUCCGACUCUGCAGUCAACCGAUUAGAUGUUUCCAAUGCUGGUGUGGUGGCGAUACCACAUGACAAUCGGCAGGUACGACUGUAUGAUCUGGGUGGUCAGAGGAUCGUCAGACUGCCCCGAAACAAUCGGCAGGGCCACCAACGGAUGGUCUGCUGUGUGACUUGGGUGGAUGACAAUUCUUCAAGCAUGCCUUGCAACUUCUUCUCCUGUGGCUUUGACCGUCUCAUUCUCGGCUGGAACAUCCAAUCUGUUAAAGAUACUUAAUCUAUUGCAGUAUUUAAAUUUGAGUUUUGUGAAAACGAAUCUUCUUCAGGAACUAUAUUAUAUUUCUUCUUUUUGUAUAUUACGUGGUUGAACAAAUGUAUUAGAGAAAAUCUUAAUUAAUACUUACUUGUUGCUUUAGUAUUAUUCAACCAGUUAUUAUAUUAUGUUUACUAUCACUUGAUCUGAUCUCUCUUAGCUCAUAACAACACUGAUUGCCAUUAGUUUCUUACAGAACUUUGUUCAUAGAGAUAUUGGUAAGUGAAGAAGAUUAGUUUUUAAUGAUCUGAACAUGUGAAUAGUAUUUUGUUUAACAUCACAAAGUAUAUCUAUGUAUAUCAAAGUCGUCCACUGUAGGCCUACAUAUAUUUUUGUGAAUAAUUUAUUUAUAUUUAUUAUUUUCUUGUUACUAUAUUAGAUCACAAAUAAAUUACUGGCCUAUUUUAGCUGUUUAAAUGAUGAGAUCACACAAAUAAACAGGUGAGAUGGAAUUUUUAGUAUAAUUUUUUUUAUUGGUGAUUUAUAGAUUAUAAUGCAAAUAGUGGUCUAGAGUUAUAUGGUUUGCAUCUGAAAAGUAUGUAGUACAAAAUAACAGAUUUUACACUAUUUUUAUGAUCUUUAAAUUUAUGCUGAUUGCACAACUUCAAACUUUAUAACAGGUUAUUUUUUAGUAUGUAUGAUAAUCAUGUGUCUGUUUCAUAUUUUCAACUCCCAAUUCAUACAUUUCCUUAGCUGUACGAAUAUUUCAAACACUAAUUUCUUUAGCUACUUGUUUUAUAGUAUCUCUCUCAGUACAAACAGAAGAAAUAGAUUUCAAAUGUGAUUAUUAUCUUAAAAAUUAGAUAUUGAAAAUGUAUUAACUAAUUAUUUAAAUGUUAAUUUUUAAUUUGUUCAAAAUUCUUACCAUGACAAAUCUCUAACCUGAGCAUGAUUAUUUAUUAUUUUAAACAUUUCAGAAGUCAUACCACCUUGAAACAUUCCAUGAUAUAACCGAGUAAGCAGUUUCCAAAAAAGGUUUUAACUUGAUCUUUGCUCUUUGUGGAUUCACAACACUGACAAAUAUAUACUGUAGGUGUAAACGUUCACAGUGUAAUGUAAAAUACAUAAUGGUUAUUGUAUAUUACUCAAAACUUUGUAAGAACAUCAUAUUAAAAUGUUAUAAGAUAUUAUAACUUAAAUUUUGUAAAUUCUAAAUCUUUUCAAUUUUACUGUUCAGUGGUUAAUACUUGAGAUGCAUCUCAAAAAUGUAAAUCACCACCUAGAAACUGUUUACUAAAUUUAGUUGGCACAUUAAACAACUUAUCUAAAGCAUUUAUAAAUAUCAAUACCGUAUCAUGUAAGGUUUUUGUCAGGAUUUUAAAGAGUUAUUGUGCUUAUUGAUGUUAUGUUAGGGUUUGUUUAGUUUUGUAAUAUCUUUUUUUUAUUUCUCCUUAUCGCAGCACAUCUUUAUCAAAAUGUAGAAAACAAGUGUUUGAUUGGUUAAAAUUAACAAAAGGAUCAAUGUAAAACCCAGAUUUAUAUCUAUCAGAUCUUGAGCCUAAAAUUUAUCACUGACUAAAACACUAGAACCAGCCCUCCACAAUUAUUUAAGAAUAGUUGAAGAUCCAUGUGUCUUAAUAACAGAUAUUAUGCCUAAAAUUAAUCAAGGAAAGAGCUUUCACAAUAGGACCAAUCCAAUUAUUAAAUACAAGAAAAAAAUUAAAUUUGAACCUAUUAGAUCUUGGGUUCUAAAAUAGUAAAAAUCAAAAUUGUAUUAUUCCAUAUACUAAAGACAGUUGAAGACAUUUUCAUGCUACCAGAUCUUGGCCUAAAAUAUAUCAAGAACCGAGUUAUAACAAUGAAUUAGCCCGUUAUGAAGGCCAUAGUCGAAGAAUAUUUCUAAUUUUGUUAUUAUUUAUAAUCUGUAAGUUAUUAUAUUUAUUAACUGUAUGUAAUUUAACAAAAUGUAAGCCUAAUAAUUAUAAAGUUACCAACAUUUUCUUCCAUGCUCAUUUAUGAGUGCCAUAUAUGUAUUAUUUUAUGUAAAUAAUCCAUUGUUAGGCUGUAUUAAUUGAUGUUGAUAGCCAUUAAUAGAUAAUUCCACUUUUGUAUGCAUGUUAUGUUGUGUUAUACGUUCACAUCUGUUUUUUCAAUGGUUUAUGUACAUUUUUAACUCAUACAAGAGUUACCAUGUUGAAUACUGAGGAAUAUAUUCAUCACUUUAAUUAUGUUAAUUACAAUACACGUUCUUUCAAAACAUUUACCUUAAUAAUUUUUACCUUAAAAUUUAUGUUCAUACAGGUCUUCACCCAAACUAUUCCUAAGAAGAGUUGUAUCAUCCAAACUGGUAAACUAGUUGUUCAUUCUUUCUGUAAUACUUGGGUAUUCUAAAUAAUGUUUAUAGUGUUUAAUUUUAUUGUUUGUUCAACACACAAUGUAAGUAACUGUGGACGUUAUGUUUGUAUGACUGGUUCAAAAACUUAGUUAUUGAAUAGUAACUAAUAAAAAAUUAGUUUUGGCAGUGUAUUAAAAAAAAGUAUAUAAUAUGCUAUUGCUUUCAUCAUAAAAUGUUCUUAAAGUUUAUAAAAGUCAGCAUGUCAUUCAGUGACAUGAAAAUUGUUGAGAAAUUCUAUAAAAUUAUUUGUUUCUUACAGUGUACAGUAUACUUGUAGAAACAUCACCUUCCAGCUGAAGAAAAAUGUUUCAAAUCUGUUUAUAGUAAAAUUGUAAUAAAUAAAAAGCCUAAAGCAUGUAAUGGUUCAAAAAACAUUUUCUUACAUUGUACACCAGUUGACUUUGUUUUUACAAUAUGUAACGUGUAAAAUUUAUUACACUUAACCAUUUGGUGUCGACUUAUGAAUAUUAUCCGUGCGGCUACUUCAGAAUUUAUUUUCAUAAUACCAAUUAUUUAACCAUAAAAGUGGCAAUUAAAAUUUUGCUGAAUAGCAGACCAUUUUUACUCUCCAUGGAGGAGUUCAGUAAAUUGUUUAUAACAUACACAUGAUAUGACCAAACCUUAUAGUGUUAUAUAUUUUAAUAGUCAUAAGUUGUUGUUGCUGUGAGGAAGUUUGGGGCAUGAUCAAAAUUAAUUGCUCAACGUUGGUGAUGUCAUAUGUGGAAGAUCAGUGAUAUUGUGGUUUGUCUUAAAUCCCCGAGUUGGUAAUCAUUUGAUGUAGAUCAGUUUCAGUUCAAUUAUUUAAUCAUUUAAUUCUAGCUCCACGUUAUUGUGUCUUUAUGUACAUGUUGAUUGGAUUUUAAAUGAAAUUAAAUGGAAAUAAAAUGAGAAUGUAUUUUCAGA